CAAGAAAAUCGAUAAACAAUGCACCAUCACUUCACUUCGAUUCAAACAGUCGACUAGCGUAGUCCACGAAACUACCCUAAUCUCUAAUCGGUGUCAAAUAAAUUUCAUUCUCCAACAGAAAAACAAAAUGGCGGGCAGAAUACGUAAAAAGAAAAUAGCCGCCAAUUACAGAGUCAAAGAACCGAUAACUAAUUUCAAACUAAGAGUCAGAAUCGUACAGCAAAGACCUUUGCUCGCCGAUCUCCUCGAGAAUGAGGGGGAUACCAGAGACUCGAAUUAUCUCGAAGAGGAGGAUCGUAUUUUUGGCUGGCAGGAGAAGAUAUUCAGCCAAUGGGAGGCGAGCAUUUACAGGGACGAGAAGAACUGCCUGACCGACCGUCAAAAAAUCUAUUCCCGACGGAUCAAUCAGGAGAACGUCCAAGGACGUCAAUUGUACACGUACACGGCGCACGAUUCCUAUUACGAGGCCAACGACACGUUAACCCGGCCCUACAAAACGGAACUGGCGAGCAGAAACGAAACCGCGUUGCCCAAGUUUCAGAAUCGCAAACCGUACCCGGAGAGAUACAACAAAUCAGUAAUGGACGAGAGACCCGAUACAAAUCGGAUACGAGCUAAUCAUUAUCUUUACAUGGAACGUUCCAAGAUGUAUGUCAUGGUCGAUUUGUCGCGACGAGAUGAAACCUUGACGGCCACGGACAAGGAUUCCGAGGUGGUGCUGUGCGCGAUCACGUACGACAAAUUGCACAAAAUUCUGUCCGUUGAUCCCGACUUUACCGAUGGCUGUUGCUACAGCGUCGCCAAUUCCAGUGGCGUGGAAUUCAAUUAUUGGAUCGAACAUGCUUCCGAGAAGCAGUCGCCGGGGGAGUUGCAACGAAUACAAAAAGAAUCACGAAGAAUAAUCAAAGAGCAACUUCUCUACAAGGAGGCGGAACUAUCCCCCAGUUUCCAACUAACAUCCAUCAACACGUACAAAAUUUUCCUAAAAUUUGAUAUCAUGUCUGCUCAUGAUUUCUUCUUCGAUGGUCUCUGCAUUUCUUACUACGUCGACUUACCAGACCAUUGGAGCGCAGACCAAAAUGAUAAACUAUUUGGAAGAACCCAAAGGUCUAAUUUAAAUCACAAUUCUGCAUAUUUUGGUUACUCUGCAGACAUAUCAUUGAACUUUGAGUCAACCAAUGGAUUCUAUGCAAACAAAAUUUCACCAUACUGGCCUCGCCUGCUAAUGUCAGUGGUAUCUCUCGAUAACUGGUUUAGGUAUCGUACAGAAGGCUAUGCAGCUGUGCCUCUACCUGCGAUACCUGGUGUGUACGAGUUCAAUGUACCCACAUGGCGAGCAACAGGAAGCAUUGUUAAUUCCCUUAGGAGAUUCUUUACAGGUGGUACGUACGAACUGGAAGAUGUUACGUACUGUAGUAUCCCUACAGGACACGAAGGUAAAACAUUAAACAAAACGGAGUUGCAUGUUACGCCAAGUGGUUCUAUUAAACUAAAAAUGAAUAUGGUUUGCCAAACUCAUACUUCCAUUAACAAUUACGAUCAGUUGAAUUAUUUUGAGAAACUGAGCACAGACAAACUUUUAACUAACGUAGAAAAUAUCUUCGAACAAUUUAAGGCAGCUAGGGAACGCAUGAUACAAGUCAGAAAUUUAAAUAUGUAAUUAUUUAAGUUUACUUGAAUAAAAAGUUAAAUUUUCAUGUAUUAAUAAUUAGACUGUGGAUGUUUAUGCAUUUACAAAAAUAUUGGACAAUGAAUAAGAAUGUACACAAAUACAAAAAUAUC